UUUCAAAUUGGCGGUACAGGCCCGAAACUAGAGGUCCUUAAAAAAGGAACAGAAUUUGGAGAAAUUGCUGACCUGCUUCUGCCUACUGAACGCGCCUUCUUUUUCGUACGACUAAUAGUUGGGGACGAAAUGAGCCAACGGGUCAAAUUCGGACUGAUAACUUGGAUUGGCAACGAAACGAAGGCCAUGCAAAGAGCCCGCGUGGCUAUGGAAAAAAGCGUCGUGAAGGAAGUUGUUGUGAAUUUCGCGGUGGACCUCACGUUCAGCGAGACGAAUGAAUGCACUGAAGAAGCAGUCGCUGAAGCAAUGCGAAAGGCUGGUGGAGCAAACUACGGCCGAGGAUGA